CAUUCAACAUUUUGAUAGGGCGGUACUUGGCACUUUCUUGCUCCUCCCUAGCUUGCUUGUGGCUUCGUGUUCUUGUCUAUUUCCAGCAGCGCAGAGUCCGUAGCCAUGGGGAAGUCAUACCCUACCGUCAGCGAGGAGUACCAGACGGCCAUUACCAAGGCUAGGAGGGAACUGAGGGCUCUCAUCGCGGAGAAGAACUGCGCUCCCAUCAUGGUUCGCCUGGCUUGGCAUAAUGCUGGCACUUUCGAUGUCAAGGAUAAGACCGGAGGUCCCUUCGGAACGAUCCGCAAGCCGGAGGAGCUGGCGCACGGAGCGAACGCUGGGCUCAAGUGGGCUGUUGAUAUCCUUGAGCCCAUCAAGGCCAAGUUCCCCACCCUCUCAUACGGAGACCUCUACCAGCUUGCUGGAGUCGUCGCUGUGGAGGUCACUGGAGGCCCAGAGAUCCCCUUCCAUCCCGGACGCAAGGACGAGGAGAAGACUCCGCCUGAAGGUCGCCUACCAGAUGCCACGAAGGGCUCCGACCACCUGAGGGACAUCUUCUACAAGAUGGGUCUCAAUGACAAGGAGAUUGUCGCGCUUUCUGGCGCUCACACCCUGGGGAAAUGCCACAAGGAAAGGUCGGGAUUCGAGGGCGCGUGGACGACACAACCCCUGAAGUUUGACAACGAGUACUUUGUCAACCUUCUGAGCAACCAGGAGAAGGAUCUGUUGGUGCUUCCCAGUGACAAGGCCCUCGUGGAGGACCCCGAGUUCAAGAAGUUUGUGGACAUCUAUGCUAAGGAUGAGGAUGCUUUCUUUGCUGACUAUGCCGCGGCUCACCUAGCACUCUCAGAGCUCGGGUUCGCUGAUGCUUAAAGCUUUGACGCAGUUUGUUAUAUUUCAGAGCCUAUACAUGAGAAGCGUUUGUAACCUCUUGAGCUAUUUAUCAUCGUGGAAAAAUAUAUACCAUGUGAAGCCAAGAUACUACCAGAACAGAACCCAUGUGUACUAUCUUCCAACUGCAUACCAGCGCACCACAGCUCAGCGUCGCCAGGGACAUUCUGCCAGCCCCACAGUGUAGCGAACCACCACGAGAUUGCGAAAGCGACGUUCGAUUUUACUAUAUCAGCUGCCACAAAACAGCACCGGGUUAGCUGUGUCAACAUGGACCAAAUUGGAGGUCAAAUCCCUAGCGCCGCCAUGUCAUGUCAC